AUGGAGCAUGUACAUAAUGUGUCUGAAUUCAUUCUUUUGGGACUCUCUCAGGAUCAGGAGUUAGAGAAAGUCUUUUUUGUGUUAUUUCUGUUCUUCUAUAUACUCAUUGUGUUUGGAAAUCUCCUUAUUAUUGUCACUAUAAAGAACAGUCAGAAUCUGAACUCUCCUAUGUAUUUUUUUCUUGUUUACUUGUCCUUUUUAGACCUCUCCUACUCUUCCAUAACAGCCCCAAAGCUGAUUGCAGAUAUGCUUGUGAAGAGGAAAGUCAUCUCCUUCAGUGGCUGCAUGGCACAGCUCUUCUUAAUGCAUUUCCUUAGCUGCACUGAGGUAUUCAUACUCACAGUGAUGGCCUAUGAUCGUUACAUUGCAAUCUGUAAACCUCUCCAUUACACUACCAUUAUGAGCAAGCAUGUGUGCAACCGGAUGGUGGUGGCAUCAUGGGUGGGGGGAUUUAUUCAUUCUAUCACACAAACUCUUCUUACAUUCCAGCUCCCCUUCUGCGGGCCUAAUGUGAUCGACCAUUAUUUCAGUGAUGUUUACCCUUUGCUGAAGCUGGCUUGCACUGAUGUUCACAUUGUUGGCAUAUUAGUUGUUGCCAAUAGUGGGAUGAUUUCUAUUGUUUGUUUUCUUGUCCUAUUUGUAUCUUAUGUUGUCAUUUUAGUUUCCCUGAGAACUCACUCUUCAGAAGGGUGUAUCAAAGCCCUUUCCACCUGUGCCUCACAUAUCGUUGUAGUUGUUCUAUUUUUUGGACCAUGUAUGUUCAUCUACCUACGCCCUUCCAUCACCUUCUCAGAGGAUAAGAUGGUCUCUGUUUUCUAUACAAUUAUUGUUCCCAUGCUGAAUCCAUUGAUCUACACCCUGAGAAAUGAGGAGGUGAAAAGUGCCAUGAAAAAAUUAUGGAGCAGAAAACUGAGUUUGGAUAGGAAACAAAAAAUAUCAUGGGUAGAAUGA